AUGCAACUGUUCCUUGAGCAGUUUGUGAAUGAAGUAAACAGCACAGGGGUGGUGAAGUGGACUCAUAGAGGAGACAUUCAUGUGUCAAAGCCUUAUGUAUUGUGUGUUUCUGUUGAUGCACCUGCAAGGGCGGCUGUGCAGAACAUGGUGACUUUCAAUGGAUAUUUUGGUGGUCCAUGGUGCCUGAUUCCAGGAGAACACCGAGAAGGUGCUAAUCAAAACUUCCUGGACACAUCUUCGAAUGUUGCGAGGAUGACAAGCUUUCAAAUAAACCAGCCUACGGAGGAUCCCCCUUCUUGGACCGUGCAGAAAUGGAACCAAGUGACUACGUUCCUGGAAGAGAACCGGCAGCACGUGUUCUAUUUGUUCGUCUUCUACGUGGUCACAAUAGUAUUAUUCGUCGAGAGAUUUAUCUCCAGCUACUCCUACAUGUCGGAACACAUGGACCUGCGGCACGUGAUGGGAGUCGGUAUCGCCAUCACACGAGGAUCAGCGGCUUCACUCUCCUUUUGCUACUCACUCCUGCUGCUCACAAUGUGUCGCAAUCUGAUCACCAAGAUACGCGAGCUGCCUCUGCAGCAGUACAUGCCGCUCGACUCGCAUGUCCAGUUUCACAAGAUCGUCGCCCUGACAGCACUUUUCUUCAGCCUGGUGCACACCGUUGGACACUACAUAAAUUUCUACCACGUCUCCACGCAGCCAGCGGAGCAUCUGCGAUGCAUGACGAAAGAAAUGCAUUUCGACUCUGACUUCAAGUCUACGAUUACCUUCUGGGUAUUUCAAACAGUCACCGGUAUCACAGGUGUACUGUUGUUCAUUGUGAUGUGCGUCAUAUUUAUCUUCGCACAUCCAAAAAUCCGGCAAAAGGCGUACAGCUACUUUUGGAUGACGCACAGUCUCUACAUUCUUCUGUAUGUCCUCUGCUUGCUGCAUGGCCAGGCUAAACUUACAGGUUCGCCUCGUUUUUGGAUGUUCUUCAUUGGACCAGCCAUUGUGUUCACUUUGGACAAGGUUGUCAGCCUUCAGACAAAAUACAUGGAACUGGACAUUCUGGACACUGAGCUUCUGCCAUCAGACGUGACCCGUGUGAAGUUCACGCGGCCGCCCAAUUUCAAGUACUUGUCAGGACAGUGGGUGCGGCUCAGCUGCACGGGCUUCCGUGCCAACGAGUACCACUCUCUGACACUCACGUCGGCCCCGCACGAGAACUACCUGUCUGUGCACGUGAAAGCGCAGGGACCCUGGACGUGGAAGCUGCGCAACUACUUGACCCCCAGCAAUCUGCACGAGAGUAUGCUGCCCAAGGUGCGUGUGUCCGGGCCGUCGGUGGCGGGAACCAGGUACUGGUACAAGUUUGAAAUUGCCGUCAUGGUGGGUGGUGGCAUAGGCGUUACACCGUAUGCCUCUAUACCUCACGACCUUGUCUUCGGCACUUCCACGAACCGCUACUCGGGAGUCGCUGCAAGAAGUGUAUACUUCAUGUAUUGUCCCUCGCAUCGGCACUUCGAGUGGUUCAUCGACGUUCUCAGAGACGUAGAAAGAAAGGACGUCACCAAUGUUCUGGAAAUCCAUAUUUUUAUAACGCAGUUUUUCCACAAGUUUGACCUGAGAACCACUAUGCUGUAUAUUUGUGAAAACCACUUCCAGAGGGUCUCUAACAGGAGUAUGUCACUGGUCCUGAAGGCGAUCAAUCUUGGAAGGCCUGAUAUGUCUGCCUUCCUGAAGUUCGUGCAGCAGCAGCACUCCUAUGUGAGCAAAGUGGGCGUAUUCAGCUGUGGGCCUUCGGCUCUCACGAAGAGCGUGAGCUCCGCCUGCGAGACGGUGAACAACAGCCGCAAGCUGCCGUACUUCAUACACCACUACGAGAACUUCUGACCAGUGCGCGCCAGGCACUGGCGCCAUACUGCCAAAAAUGAAGCCAACUGUGAUGAUGACGACAGUGCACGUAGCUCCAGCCGCUGCUGCUGAUCGUCUGUUCCCGUUACGUACCGUGGCUGCUUCUGGCGCGGCCAUUUCGACUCAGCGCCUACACUGACGGGACUUGCACGAGAAGGAACUUUUCUUUUUGGUGCCUUUCCGUUCCGCCCCUUGCUUACGUAUGUGCUUCGCGCUCAGAAGCAUCUUUGUAGGUAGCCUCAAAAGUGUGCGUCGUUCCUCGUCGAGUCUGAUAUAUGUUGUGUGCGGGCAUAGCUGUUCCGCUGAGUGUCGGCGCUCACUGGGUGAUAAGGAGACAACGUGACUCAUAUGCAACCAAAAGUGUUUGCUUUACACGCAACAGAAAUGUACGCCUACUCUGCGCCGGCUAUCUUGUGAAAUUAUCUAUUUUUCUUGUUUCGACUGUUUUGAAUGUCUACUACCGAACUUCCUGUUAUGAAUGGUCCCAGACAGUUGUAAGUCGGUGCAGGCUCGAGCUGAGCUCUGAUGGCAUUCAGCGGGGAAUAUAUUUAUGAUAUUUUAAUGCAUCUCAACCACCUUUUUUUUUCCGUAGCCUUGCUGUGGUCCAAUCGGUAAACCUGCUUGCAUCUUAGGCAAUAAUUGGCUCUGAUGGUAUUGGUUUUGUGUCGGACCUUGUAAAAUCAUACCAGAUUAUUGAGAAAUAGGUUCAAUUAAUUAGGCGAUCCAGUCAGGUAAUUUUUAGUAGUAUGCCAUAAUGUGACAACGGGAUGACAAAGAAAGCAUCAGGAGGAAGGUAAGCGUGUACAGCCCAUGUUAAGUUCUUUCAGUAAUGUGUCAAGUUCAGUGGCAUGAUUUCAAUGUGGCUAAGCAAGUCUGGCAAUAGUGAUUGCGAGUUUACACAAUGUGUCCCACGAGGCCUUUAGCUUCUGAACAAUCUGACGAGUUGGUCCUGCUUGACGUUCUUGGACUUAAAUUUAUGAACUGCAAACGGAGAUUAAGUAUUUCCUGUAACACUUUUUGUGUACCCACAUGUGGUGUUGCGUAGUCAUUGAUGUUAUAUCGCAACACUCUUGGUGAUUUUAUCCAGUUUCUUUUACGCACACGUUUUUUAAUAAAGUUUAUUUUUUAUCCACAA